UCUACAUCCAGCAGUUAUGCAACAGUUUGGAGCGAAAAAGAAGUCUAGAAGAUACCGAGCUGCUGAUCACAGUGUUCUUCAUCCCGAGUGUGAGAUUUAAAAUGGAGAGGCACCUUCUGCUUUGCGGUUUCCUUUUCUACUCGAUCUUAACCAGUGCUGUUGCCAUCCAGACCCUGAGAAAUAUUAAAGACUUGAAAAACACAACGACUUCAAUGAAAGAAUUCCCACGACACGGCCUCAUGCUUCUGCACUGGUUCGCUAACACUGUCGACAUUGAUUCAGGUGAAGAGAUGCAACUUACUUUUGAUCCAGGACAAGGCAGCUAUGGAUUGCACUGCUAUGAAAAUACCGAUAAAAGAGCACCAUUCGACUCUUCUGAGAGUCUUUAUUACUCUUUGGGUAACCUCGAUCGAGGAAGCGCUCGAAUGCUACCGUUUUAUGUUAUGCAAGAUUUCCACCAUGCAGGAGAAUCACCUCAGAAAAACAUAGACCGAGUCCUGGUUCAAGUUCAGAAGAGCAACCAAAGAAAAGUAGAGAAAGUGUAUAUGACAGAGUACCAGGGCCGAGGAAGGAGCUACGAUCCAGACGAGACCUACGAGAUCAGCGUUCAGCUUCUGAUUCAAAUUCGAGCACUUGGUAUGGAUAUAGCAUGUGAAGCAAAUGAUCCUAGGCUAGACUUUAGCCUGUGUGAGUUCUUGAAUCAUCAACAAAAAGCUGCCAAAGUAUUAAUGUUAUAUCCCCAGGUGCCAGGUCUUGAGUGGUUUCUGACUCUGGCUGGUUACAACAUUGACUCAAGAACCGAUAUAUUUUUACAAGCAUCAUUCUGCGCAAUGAACCAAACCGCUAAUCCAAACGAUAAUUGCUCUCCACCGUCCAAUGGUAUCAGUGACGUCAUGCACAACAAAGUAGAACUAGAGGUGAAAUCCACUUCAGGAGGGUAUGCGAAGAUCACUUGGAGCGGAAUACCGGAGAACGUUGCAAGAAUGAAGCUGAAAAUAGGCAUUUAUAAAGGCAGAACCAACACUGAACCAUUGAGGGAGUAUCCACUGAAUGGUAGAACAUAUGGAUCCAUAGACACUACAGUACCUCUAAAUCCUGGGCUUCAUGUUCAGCUUCUACAAAGUGAAAAGAUACCUUACUACUUUUUUUUUGGGACAACAUACUAUACAAUGAUCUGGAAAGGUCCGGAGCUUGACGAAGCCAACAGGAUUCCUCCAGUUAAUAUCCGAGGUUAUCAGAGCAGCCUACAGCUCUACACUAAAGACGGCUAUGCCUGUGCCAGACUCUACAUCAAGAAGUCCUUCACGAGCUGGAAAAAUGCCUUCAACAACGCUUGGGUGGGAAUCUAUACUAAAAAGACAGAUGAUAAUGCAAAAUAUAAAGAGUAUGAAUGGUGUAAAAAUUUUGAGAAGAGUUCAGAGGUUGAGUGCACUUUGGAUUAUGAGAUUUAUCAGUAUGAGUCCAGUGUCCAUAUUGGCCCUGGAGUCCAGGCUCGAUUUAUGUUGACCUCUCAUUAUGGUAGUGAGAAAGCUAGCACUGUAGCCUGGGAGGAAUAAUCAGUCUUAAGAUAAUAGCUGGAUAACGUUGGCUAAUCCUUUAGUCUUUGUGUCUUUUAAAGAGUAAUAGACCUUCUAGACUUACAAAGACAUGCUUGUCUCUUAAAAAAAGCUCAGAUUUCUAGUCUUUUUUUAGUCCAACUAUCACAAUCCAAGUGAGUUAUUCAAGCUGUAAACAAUAAAACAACUCAGAAGCAACACAGCCUCAAUGAUGUUGCCUUGUAAAGAAUAACAUGAACUCUUAUGCCUGGUAAAAAAAAAAAUUAAACACUAUCUAAAAUACUAGGGCUAAAUUGUCAAUCAUUAAACAUAGCCACGCUAUUAGGACUAGGUUUUUUUUUGACCAUUUGUGCUUUUGGAUGUUUACACAGCCUUCAGAUCAGAGCUAGUUUUUCUAGAUCCUGAUCUGUUUGCCCUAUUUUUUUCUGAACAUUAACAUAUUUUUGUCAGUUAUAUGCAGAGAUGGGGGACUCGAGUCAUAUGACUUGACUCAAGUCAGACUUAAGUCGCAAAUUUGAGACUUGAGACUUGCUUGACAAAUAUUAAAAAAAGGCUCGACUUGACUUUGAAUUGACAUUCAUGACUUGAGACUUGACUCGGACUUGAGUUAAAUGACUCAGAGAUGUGGGAAUCGACUUGACUCGAGUCAGACUUAAUUUGGCAAUUUGAGACUCGCUUGACAAAUAUUAAAAAAGACUCGACUUGACUUUGACUUGACAUUCAUGACUUGAGACUUACUUGUGACUUGCACGUGUGUGACUUACUCCCACCUCUGGUUAUAUGUGUUUCUGUCCUUACUUAUAACCAGUGGCUUUCUCAAUAUCUGAUGUAGACAUUUCAGGUCACAUUAAGAAGCCUCUUGAGUCUAGAACUAGACUGUUUUUUAAAACCGAGCCAAUCCAUUUUAAUCUCUACAGAAUUCUUAUGCAAUGUGCUUUGCAAUAUUAACCAAUAAAUUAUCUUCACUCCGAGGACACAGUUUUAUAGCUUAGAUUUCAUGCCAGGAGUUUGGGAAUAAACACCAAAAGGAAACCAUCCACCUGAUGCCUGUUAAAAACGAAUACAUGAUAACAUCAGCUGAUUUGUUAAGAGUCAUUUCUGCGGUAUAACCAUCAUCUAUUUCUAAAAUAAUUCUUGCUGAAAUGUGUUAAUAUCCAUUUUAUUAGCACGUAUAGAUAAUAAUAGCAAAGUCUCAGUUUACGCCACUUACAUACAUUAAUGACUUUCCUUCUCUAAGUCUUUCUAUAAACAUCAUUUGAUAUGACAUUUAUAUUACUGCUGGUACCAAAAUAAAAACUAUAA